UCCGAGGCAGCAGCGUCCCGCCUCUUCCAGGCUUCGUUCAGCCACUGUGAGCUGUCAAGGGCAGGCGGGAGCUGCACGGUGCUUUCUGGUGUCAAGGUGAAUCGACAGAAGUCAUGCUGUGCGCAGGGACAGUUAUGGCAAGCUGCCAUCUCCCAGUGAGAGCAUGUGCAAACCAUUUCAGGUUUAUGCCGAAAUGGUCCUUUCCUCUCCAAUCAGCAGUUGGAAAACGUCCCUUUGCAAGCCACACAGCUGAGGAUAGUAAAGCUGUACUUGUCACAGGAUGCGAUUCUGGAUUUGGAUUUUCUUUGGCCAAGCAUCUGCACAACAAAGGAUUCAUCGUUUAUGCAGGAUGUCUGUUUAAGGACAAAGGGGAAGCCGGGGUGAAGGAGCUGGACAGUAUGAAGAGUGACAGAAUGAGGACAAUUCAGCUAAAUGUUGUAAAGCAGGAUGAAGUGGAUAGGACUGUAGAAAUCAUAAGGGAAAAUCUUACGAAUCCUGAAAAGGGUUUGUGGGGUGUUGUUAACAAUGCUGGAAUCUCUACAUUUGGAGAAGUGGAAUUUACCAGCAUGGAGACAUACAAAGAGGUUGCUGAGGUUAACCUGUGGGGUACAGUCCGUGUUACCAAAGCUUGUCUCCCUCUUAUUCGAAGGGCCAAAGGCCGUGUUGUGAAUAUCAGCAGUAUGUUGGGUCGUAUGGCCAACCCAGCUCGCUCCCCCUAUUGCAUCACCAAAUUUGGUGUAGAAGCUUUCUCUGACUGCCUUCGCUAUGAGAUGCAUCCCCUUGGAGUAAAGGUCAGUGUGGUGGAGCCAGGGAAUUUUAUUGCUGGCACCAGCCUAUACAGCCCAGAGAAAAUUAAGGCUAUUGGUGACAAGAUGUGGGCGGACCUUCCUGAAGUCAUAAAGAAUGAUUAUGGCAAAAAGUAUUUUGAUGAAAAAAUAGCCACAAUGAACACUUACUGCAAUAGUGGAUCAACAGAUACCUCUGAAGUUAUUGAUGCUAUCACUCAUGCCCUUACUGCUUCCACACCCUACACACGGUAUCACCCCAUGGAUUACUAUUGGUGGCUUCGAAUGCAGAUCAUGACACACAUGCCUGGUGCCAUAUCUGACAAGAUUUACAUUCAUUAGUGUGCCUUGAUACUUUAUUGGUCCAAAUGCAGCCAGAAUACAAUAAAAUGUUGCCCUCUUGGCUACCUGUUUCAUGUUAUUAAUCACCAAAUAAAAAAAAAAUGAACCCUGUCAGAAAGAUGUACUGCUAUGUAUCUCUCCCUGACUAACAAGCUGUGAAUGUAAAAUUCUGCAAUACAGCAUUACUGCAAGGAUAAGCUUUAAACCAUGGCUUCCUUCAGCUAUAUGCCUCAAGUCCUACCUCAACUCUCUGAUGUUGGUCUCAAUUUAAAGGGAAGAAAAUGAUGAAAAAAAAUUUGAUCAUGAAAUUGUAAAGCAAUAAACUUGUUAGUAGUAAUCUCAACUCAAUCUCACAAGCAAGUGGGCAGAAUGUAGCACAACAAAGUAUAAGACCCCCUGACAAAAACCAGCAUUUUUCAUUGCCUAAGAGGACUGGAACUGCUACUAGCACCAUUGCACUGUGGUCAUAAAUUGCCCACAGUAACUGUAGGGUUAAAAGGCUAGUUGCAGAAUGAAUAUAUACUUAUUGCGAUGAUUAGAGAGAGAUUGUAGAAUGAUAUAGAGAGAAAUGAUGGUGGUGGUAAUGAGAACAUUCAUUUCAGCUAGUGGGGUGUAUUGCUAGUAACAUCCAUGUUUAUUUCCACAAGCUGUGCGAGAAUGCCAGGUUACUGUAUGUUUCCAUUCCAGUCCUCACUCACCAUUCCAUAUUACUGAUUACACUAAAGACUAAUGAGAAUAAUGUUUUGAAACACGUUGCCCGGUAGUGCGCGCACAGCUUACUAGGAGAUUGAUACAUUCACAAAAUCUAUAGACCUACCGGUCUAUAGAUUUUGUGAAUGUAUCAAUCUCCUAGUAAGCUGUGCGCGCACUACUAGUUAGUUUGUAUCCACUGCAUAUGGCUAAACAUUGGGGUUCACAUCAGACAUUAUAUUAGUCAUGCACUGGGUUAGGUACCAGGAACCUAAAGAAUAACCAAGUGGUUAGGGAACAUGGCAGGGUAACAGAUUCUGUUGUUGUGCAACAACUGCUGCAGCCAGUUGGUUUAUUUGGAUCUUUAGUGGAACUGCUUGCAGAUAUAUCAAGGGCAAGGUGGCAUAGGUCCUUGAAACAAAUGCAUUGAGAAAGGAAACACAAGCCCUUGUAUCAUCUUUCAUUAAAGCUCCAAAUAAAUAAACAGGCUGCAGAAACUCUUGUACAUUUUCACCACUGUGUACAGUUCCUUUGUUCCAUUUAUGUACAAAGCUUUCACAGUGUGUCAUUGUGCUUAGUGACAUUCUCACUCCAGUAAAUGCCUCUGGUCAAAUCUGCACCAGUGCUGUUACCCAUGGGAACCAAUUAAAAAUGAGCUGGAUUUGAGUCUAAACUCAGCAAUUUAGGUACAAAUUUCUAGGUGUUAGUCAACCCCAAUCUAGACCCACAAUGGGCUCUUCUCAACCAAAUCUGGCUCCAUGUAGUCCUACCUUCUUCAGAUACAUGAAUAAUACAGUCUGGGAGGCCAGGUUAUCCUUAUCUGUUAUGUAGCUUCAGUCACCUUAAGAAAUCUACCUUCAUUCAGUUAUAAUGGUUUCUUAUAAUUGCACAUAUUGGACCCAUAUUGCACUUUAUUAGAUGUAUGAAUGUUUUCAAGGGGACCUAUUCACUUUUUUAGUGCCUGGAUAUGCUAAUUAGGAAAAUCCUCUGCACCCAGUUGCACUGUAUAUGAGUGGGCACAGCAAGAUGGUCUUAGUGCUGUAGCUGCCCAUAUGUACAGAAUGUCCCUGCUACCCUUUAUAUGUCUGUAUCAAUGCACUUAAUAUAUUCUCAUUAUUCUCUAAAAAAAAAUAUAGAUGCAGCACUACUCUCCUUUUAAGAAGCUACACUACUAUGCUGGAGAAAAUAUUGAUUUCUGGGUUAAAAAAAACAAAAAAAACAAACGGAGGCAAAGAUUAGGAAAAUAGGAAAUGCUGCACCAAUAAGUAAUUAAGCCCCACUCUCAUCAGACACGAAUUACACUUGUUCUAAAGCUGCUAAAAAACAACAUGUUUUGGGACCAAAAUACAUUUCUCAAAUGUGUAUUUAUUGCACACAUUUAUAACUGCUAGAUUAUUAUGUUUUAUAUAUAUAUACAAUGUAGCAAAGGCUAGCACUCACAGGACUUAAAUAAGAGGAAAGUUCCUGUGAGGAACUGAAAUGUCUGUUCAAUAAAAACCAUGUAAGGAUCAUGUCUUGUGAGACUUUUUGAUUUUGAUUUUUUCUUUUUUUCUCAAUACACUUAUUUAAGUCCUGUGAGUGCUAGCCUUUGCUACAUUGUAUUUUGCUAUUUUGAUUGCAGUAGCACCCAGGCAUUGGCCCCUUGCUAGGUGGUGUGCUACCUCUAGUGGAAUUAUAUAUAUAUAUAUACAGUAUAUAUAUAUAUAUAUAUAUAUAUAUAUAAAUAAAAACUCUCUUUAUCCCUCCACUUUUACUUAAAGAAUUGGUCUCUUCUAUUGUUAAAGUGCAUCCUUAGAGUCCAUAUUAAAUCUUAUCUUUAAUAUAUUGCGCAAUGAAAAAACUCCCAAAAGUCUAUUUUUAGAAACCUAAACAAUGUAAUUCAGGAUAAUCUUUCUGUCCAAAAGCUCAGUUAUAAGCUUAACUUAAAUCUACAGAAUAGAAAGAUAUGUAUCCUCAAAAUAAAUUGUGGGUAAUUAUGAAAUAAGAAGAUAUAUUUUAUUGUUGGGUUAUUCUACUAAUGUCAUAAAUGCUAUGUUUUCUUUAUCUCUUUAAAUGCAUUGGAAGCUGUGGAUGAGUCUUGCUAUGUACACCAUCACUUUUAACAUAAAAUAGGUUUGUAAUUAAAGGCUAUAUGUAUUGUCUAACUGUGCCUAAUUUACAUUGACACUUAUUUUUUGUGCCAUGCAUGUAAGGGAGAUCUAUCAGUAUGAAAUAAUAUAUUUAACUACUAAUUAUAUUUCAACUUCUAACCAUAUUUAGGCAUAUUCAUUUACAAAUACUUACAAAAGGCAAUAAAUAUAAGAUGUUACUGUUCAAAUAAUCCUAAGAUCUUAAUAUUUUAUACAUUUCUAUUGUCUUUAUCUUUAGCUGUAUUGGAAAAAAAUAAACGGAAAUUAAGUUA